ACAACAGCAGCACUAACAGCCAGCGAUGUGCCUUGACGUUGCACAAAUGUGCGGACGGACGGACGGACGGGCGAUUGUAUGCUUGAAUAGUUGUAUAGGGGAAUUUGUUGUGUGCAAGCAACGGAAUGCGAACGGGCGAGGGGCGGUUGGCUGGCGUGGUUGAUUGUGUGUGCGACCGGAUGAGUGUGCAAGCAGCCGAACGGAGAAGAGCAUGCGAGUCUUGGAAGACGUUAAGCGACGUCAGUUGAGUAGUGGAUACUUCAACUGCUUACUUAGUGUAAAACACAAAGCGGGUAGACGAUAACAACGGCAAUGACGGCAGGGGGUAGCGAAGACAUGAGUCUACGGGUAUUUUCUCAUUUACUGAGUACGUCGACGUCAUAGUGGUAGUGAUGGUGAUUGUUGUUGUCCGACUCUCCGAUAAGCUCGAACAUGGCUAAUGAGCUGCUCACUCAGCGCUGAGGCUAUAAAAGGCCAAGCGCAUUGGCGUUGGUAAAGCAUUCAUAGCAAAGUCGUUGAGCCAAGCGGACACGCGCACUCAAACGAACAUUUUGGAUUACAAGCUCGUAGCAAACUUAAGAGCGGAACAAGAAGAAGGAGAAGCAGACAACUGAAUAGUUAGCCGGCUAUUUAAUACAACCAACCAACGAUCUCAAAGCAAUGGUACUAGAGAUGGAGAUGUCCAAGACCUAUCAGUACCGCAAAGUGAUGAAACCGAUGUUGGAACGCAAACGGCGUGCACGCAUCAACAAAUGUUUAGACGAGCUGAAGGACAUUAUGGUGGAGUGUCUGACACAGGAAGGCGAGCAUAUCACACGACUCGAGAAGGCCGACAUACUCGAGCUGACAGUGGAGCACAUGAAAAAGUUGCGCGCACAGAAGCAGCUGCGGCUGGGACCUGGCGGCAGUGGGCUUGGAGUUACUGCUGGCGCUGGCGCCGUACAAGAUCCCAAAUUAUCGAUUACGGAGAGCUUUCGCGCCGGCUAUGUGCAUGCAGCAAAUGAGGUGUCAAAGACGCUAGCGGCCUUGCCCGGCGUCAAUGUGGAUUUGGGUACACAGCUAAUGAGCCAAUUAGGUCAUCGUUUGAACUAUUUACAAGUGGUGGUGCCAGGCAUGCCGUUGGCGACUAGUGUGCCACAACCGCAACACUUUAUUCCCGGCGCAGCAACACAGGCCGUUGGUGCCGCGGCGGCGGCGGCGGCAGUGGCAGCCGCACAGUUCUAUGGUUUAAGUAGUUGCAGUGAACGCAGUGCGACAUCCAGCCCCGUUGUUAUUACGCCGCCACCUUCGGAGUAUGGCAGCAGUGAAAGUGGUAGCUCCAGUCCAGCACCCAGCGAGUCAUCGUACGGAGCGGUGUGGCGCCCAUGGUGAGCAUGAGCGCGAGCAAACAAGCAAGCAAAAGCAGAAAAGCUGAUCUUCAAGCAAGAGGAUCUUUAAUGGGAAUCGAUUUCAUGAAUGCACACAGCUUUGUAUGCAGCGUCGCCGUAGCCCGAGCAUCUAUUAAUGCAGCUGAUGGUAGCCAGAACUGCGCGCUAGAUGGCGCUUGGGUAGCCUAUGAGUUGAAUAGGGGCGAUUGCGUUGCAGCAAACCGGGGAAGAAGUACAGAGGCAGGGUGUCUGAGUUGGCAGCAGGCUGGACAACGUCGCUGAGGUCGGUGAUACUUGCCGCCUGCGUGGUUGAACAAAAUGGUUAGCACGCUUGCUGAUGGUACAACAAGGGCUUUCUAAAGCCAAUGACCAGCCACGCAAAGUAUUUUAAGCACAAAAAAAUA